UUGAAUCAAUACGGUAGGCAGUUCAGUAACGGUAGACCCCUGCCAAAUUACUUGCGGGUUGACAUUCUCAAACUCUCCCUAUCUGGAGUGAGACCCUGUGAGAUAAGCAGGCGGCUGCAAGUUUCUCACGGAUGUGUCAGUAAAAUACUCAACAGAUACCGCAACACUGGCAGCAUACAUCCGGGUCAAAUAGGGGGUAGCAAGCCAAAGGUCACAACCCCGUUCGUGAUUGGCCAGGUUAAACUUAUGAAGCAUAAUAACCCGCAAAUGUUUGCCUGGGAGAUAAGAAGAAAAUUGAUUGAAGAGGAAAUUUGUAGUGAGGCGAAUGUACCAAGUAUAAGUUCGAUAAAUAGAAUUAUAAGG